AUGGGCUGGGAUCUUCUUCCCCCAAAAGCAUUUAAAGCCGGGGCUCACGAGCUGGCUGUGCCACUUGCUAAUCUGUAUAACACCUGCAUUAAGGAGGGGCACUGGCCAGAAGACUGGAAGAAAGGUGAAUGGACUCCGGUUCACAAGAAAGAGGACAAACUACUAAAAGAAAAUUAUCGACCUGUCACUGUACAAAUUGUUAUCAAUAAGAUCUUUGAGCAACUUCUGUCUGGUCAAAUUACUGGCCACUAUAAUAGUAGUUUGUGUGACCAUCUGACUGCAUACCGGAAGAGGCACAGUUGCGAGACAGCACUAGUAUACUUGGCUGAGAGCUGGAGGUAA